UUGGCAGUGUGGGUGCACUGUACACUGGAUAAGAUAAAAGCGUCAAAGUGAUCUUCGCUGUUAAAGUUUGGCCAAGCUGCUGGACAAGUAAUUUCCCUUUACAAACUCCAAUGGAGAGUUUGUCGUGUCUGGUUUUGAAACCAUCACCUCCAACAAGGUUAUUCUUUCCUCCAAGGAUUCCUCAAAUGGCACUUCCUGGCUCUACCUUUGUGUUCCCCUUUUCCAUGGACUAUCAGCUUCCCAUAACAACCGCAAAACUGGCUUUAAAACCCAUCAGAGCCUCCACUUCAGCAGUUCCCACAACCCCUUCAACAACGUCCACUGUUACAAGCUCCCCCACUGCCGCUUCUACCAAAAAGGUUUUGGUUCCAAUUGGAUUUGGUACUGAGGAAAUGGAAGCUGUUAUACUGGUUGAUGUUCUACGCCGUGCUGGGGCAGAGGUGACGGUGGCCUCGGUGGAACCGCAGCUCGAGGUUCAAGCAUCGGGAGGCACCAAGUUGGUUGCUGAUACCAGAAUCUCCACUUGUUCUGACCGUGUUUUCGAUCUCGUGGCAUUGCCAGGAGGAAUGCCUGGAUCAGCGCAAUUGAGAGAUUGUGAAAUUCUGAAGAAGAUUACAAGCAAACAAGCUGAGGAAAAGAGGCUAUAUGGAGGUAUAUCUACUGCUCCAGCUGUUACACUUCUCCCUUGGGGACUCUUGAAGAGGAAGCGGACAACUUGCCACCCUGCAUUCUUUGACCGGCUUCCGACCUUCUGGGCUGUCAAAUCAAAUAUUCAAGUUUCAGGAGAGCUUACGACAAGCCAAGGCCCGGGAACUUCUUUCUUGUUUGCACUGGCCUUGGUAGAACAGCUUUUCGGGGAGUCUGUUGCCAGGGAGAUUGGGGAAUUGUUGUUCAUGCAUUCUGCUGAUGAUAAACCAAGAAAGGAAGAGUUCAACAAAGUUGACUGGGCUGUGAGUCACACUCCUCGAGUUCUGGUUCCAGUUGCAAAUGGUUCAGAGGAGAUCGAAAUAGUUACUAUCGUAGACAUUCUACGUCGAGCAAAGGUGGAUGUUGUGGUUGCUUCGGUUGAAAAGUCAGUUAAGAUUUUGGCAUCUCAGGGUGUAAAAAUCAUUGCUGACAAGUUAAUCGGUGAUGCCGCAGGGUCAAUAUAUGAUUUGAUUAUUCUUCCGGGAGGAGUUGCUGGUACUGAACGGCUACAGAAAUCUCGAAUUCUCAAGAAGUUGUUGAAAGAACAAGAUGCGGCCGGAAGAAUACUCGGAGCUGUUUGCUCUUCUCCGACAGUCCUGCACAAACAUGGGCUGCUCAAGGAAAAUAAAGUCACUGCUCAUCCCUCUGCCAUUACAGAACUCUCCAAUCCAGUAGAUGGUCCCAAAGUAGUUAUUGAUGGUAAACUGAUUACAAGCAUGGGACUUGCUACAGUUUCAGAUUUCGCACUGGCUAUUGUGAGCAAGUUUUUUGGCCAUGCAAGGGCUAGAAGUGUUGCAGAAGGCCUCGUUUUUGAGUACCCCAGAAGUUAGAAGAUCUAAAUACAAGUCAUACUUGAUGAAUGGCAAUUUUUCCGGAUGCCAUUAUGAUAUAAACGCAAGGCUAUAAUCCCUCAACUUGAACAUCUAGUGGAAGGAGAAAACCGUCACAGAAACUUGCUCAGCCUUGAACAGAGGUCACAUGUAUCUGUGAGGUCCAAAGCAGCAAAAUGGCAAAAUGUUAUCAAGCUCGAUAGCCAUAUUUGGGUGAAGAUCUGGUACUGAAUCUUCAAAUAUCUAUGUGGCUAAUCAAGAUACAGGUAAUUAAAUACUUAGUAGAACCUAGUAGAAGUAAAUGCUUGAUAAGGCUGCAGAUUCUUAGCUUUUAUAUUAUUGUUCGACCCUCUUCAAGAAGAUGAAACAUGUUAAAGGGUCUAAAAUGAAACAUGUCAAGGUUCUAAUCUUACUAUGAUACCCCCAAUGUUUUAGCCUUAUUUAUGUCUUUUAGGGGCAUGUUGAUUUUGUAAGCAUAUGAUUUUCUUGGAUGCUUUGGUUCACUUUCAUCAAUCGUAUGUUUUUCUGCAGUCAUUUCCUUUCAAA